AUGCGCGACGUGCGUAGGCGUGAGCGACUUGCUGGACUGAAGCGUGUUUCUAGGCGCGAAAGACUCGCAGGUAAAGCCGUUGUCAGGCCAAAUUUCGAAGAUCCGCCGUCAGAGCGUGCCUUACCCACGAGGCUUGCUAAUCCAUCCUCGGAGCCAAAAUUACUCAUGGGAAGAGGGCCUCCUUGUGACCUUGCCAAAAAUAAGGGGAAACAACAGCAGCAGCCAGAUAGGCGCUGUGCUUCUCAUCCAAUAUCAACAAGCUCUAUUACAAUUCCGCUUUCUUUUCCUACCUCAUGGCUUGUCGACCCAUUCAGUACAUUGCCAGGUGCCAGUGAUGUGCCUAUUAUUAUUACUCGACUAGUCUUUCAUUGGGGUACUGUCUUUGUGCCUAUGACUUUCCCGAAGGAACAUACUUUCAAUGAGAGGGCCAAAACCGAUAUGGCAGUCCAAUCUUCAUUUACAGAUCAGGGCAGUUUCUUUGGCUUAAUGAGUAUGUGCGCUGCGCACCGAGCUGUUUUGGCUGGACAACAUUCACAGUUCCUAGCUGCUUCGGAAGCCCCCCAUCGUCUUUUACACGAUACAGAUUAUUAUAUUAUGAAAGCCAGGUGUAUCCGUGAGAUGAAUAUCAAACUGUGCAAUCCCAUUCUAUCGUUAAGCAACGAAGCAUUUGGCACAAUCAUUAAUCUUCUUACGGGUGCACUGAUAGUCGGAUUGUUUGAUGAAGCUCGUGUGCACCUCAGAGGCUUGAAGCGCAUGGUGGACUUGCGAGGAGGAAUUGCAGACAACAGCAUUUAUCAGUCUUCAAUGCUAGCUGCUAUUCUUACUACUGAUGUGAAGGCUGCGUCGGGACUUAUGACCCAACCGGUUUUCCCUUUGGCUCGUGGCUUGCAGACAGUUUCAGCCAAUAUUCAAGAACGUAUAGCGCCCUCGGAUACGUCAAAACUGCAGAGAUUGGGUGUUGCAUUCGUUUCUAACCCUCACCUCAGCUUUUGUUUGCUAAGUAUUCUCCGUGCUAUGCGUGAUAUUAUACUUUACGGCCAGGCUUGCAACCAAAACCCCGCUGUACUCUGCGCCGAUGACCACGAAUUCUUUCGCAGUCUCAAUCGUGAAGUUGAGCAUCGGCUCCUUACUUAUGUCUGUUCUGGAUCUACAACACGAUGUCAGGUUGAACGCCCAUGGUUCGUUGAGCGUCUAUCCCGCGUCGCCCUAGUUUGUGGGUGGCAUACCUGGAUGCAGAUGUCCGACGUGUUGAUCGAUUACUUUUAUCUUCCUAGUACCAACCAAGAGAGCUGGACAUCCAUCUGGAUCGAGGUCAUGGCUUGA